GCGCGCGGAGUUGGGGGGAGGGGAUGGCGUGGGAAGGAGAGGGUUAAAGGUGGGGCCGGCCCUACAAACGCGCGCACACACUCCUUACUCAGACCUAGUCGCACGCGAGUCCCUGGCACUUAGUUGAGGCUAGGGGGGCGGUAGUGGGGCCUCUGCCUGGGCCCUUUGCACCCCAACUUCGGGAGGUCAGGGGCCCCAGUGUGUGAACCCACACCUCCUGGCUGAGCCCCCUUUGCCUGGCACACAUACGCUCCAACGCGCGCACACACACCUCGGACAGUCCCAUAGUGCCUCACGUGACACAGCCCUAACGUGCCCCCUGCCCACACGCUCAGGCACGCGUGCACACACAGCCUCCCACACUUCCUAACUCCACGCUGACCCCUCUCCGCCCCCAAGGUACUCAUUGACUGUGACACACCUACACUCAUUCACAGACACACUCCCCCCACACGCCAGCCACAGACACAGAUUCAUAAACAAGGCCGGGAGAAGUACACACGCACCCCCUCACUGCCUACUCUUUCUUUCGGGAGCCCUGAGUCAUUCCGGGCCCCCUCUCAGGGUUCCCCAUUUCCCAGUGUGUGGGUACAUUGGGAGGGACACAGGAAUGUGUCUCCCCUUCACCUGAGUCCCCUUCCCCAGUCUGCUCCCUCUGACACUCAGCCAAGGACUUCCUGUAGGUCCCAGGUCAGGGCCCAGAAGAGCCUGGACGGUUGCCACUGUGCUUGUGGGGGAGGCACUUCCCUUUCCUGAGCUCCAGGAUCCUGCAGGAGGAAGCAGGGAAGUUGGGUGGGGGCAGCAGAGGGUGUGCUGGCUGUGGCUGGCCUGACUCUCCUAGUAACACUGGGCCUUUCUUGCUUAGCCUUACUGGGGUGCCAGAGGCCUGGGCUGAGGAGCUUGGCAGCGAGGUAUUUGGGGAAGUGAGGCCUGGGGUGGACCAGGCAGGCUAUGGUCUGUGCCUCAGCUGGGAAGGCAGCUCUCUCCCAUCCAGAGGUUUCCCUGGGUUCUGGAAAGAGCCCUUUCCUACCACUGCCCUGGCUUACUUGUUCCCUGCUUUUCAACCCCCAAGUUUUCACCUCCAGUCCCUUUCCCAAGGCAGCAGAGAGCAUGGGGAAGGGGCUAUGGGAAGGGGCUAUGAGCUCUGGGCAGGAAGUUUCUAGGCUGCAUCUCACCUGGCCUGGGUGCAUCUGCCCGGAUAAGGGGUGUCAGGGAUAAGCUCCAGAUGGCUCUCUCCACGAUAGCUCCUGCUCUCCCAGGGGCCCCGGUGUGGGCCACAACCCGGCCCCUUGCCAUGGAGUCCAUGUUUGAGGACGACAUCAGCAUCCUGACCCAGGAGGCCCUGGGACCCAGUGAGGUGUGGCUGGAUGGUUCUGGAGACCCCUCACUGGGGGAGGAUAUGUGCUCUGCCUCCCACUUUGCCCUCAUCACAGCCUAUGGAGACAUCAAGGAGCGGCUGGGGGGCCUGGAAAGAGAGAAUGCCACCCUCCGCCGCCGCCUCAAAGUCUACGAGAUCAAGUACCCACUGAUCAGUGACUUUGGAGAGGAGCAUGGCUUCUCUCUGUAUGAAAUCAAGGAUGGCUCCCUGCUGGAGGUGGAGAAGGUCAGUUUGCAGCAGCGACUCAACCAGUUCCAGCAUGAGUUGCAGAAAAAUAAAGAGCAGGAAGAACAGCUCGGGGAGAUGAUCCAGGCUUACGAGAAACUCUGUGUGGAGAAGAGCGACUUAGAGACGGAGCUAGGGGAGAUGCGCGCUUUGGUGGAGACCCACCUGCGGCAGAUCUGUGGUUUGGAGCAGCAGCUUCGGCAACAGCAAGGUCUCCAGGAUGCAGCCUUCUCCACACUGAGCCCUCCACCAGCCCCUGCCCCUCCCUGUGCUGAUCUGGACCUACAUUACCUGGCAGUGAGAGGGGGCUCUGGCUUGAGUCAUGCAGGCUGGCCAGGUCCCACACCCAGUGUGAGUGAACUGGAACGGCAGCAGCUAGAAGAGGCUCUGGAGGCUGCCCAGGGAGAGGCUCGGGGAGCUCAGCUCCGGGAAGAGCAGCUCCAGGCGGAGUGUGAACGGCUGCAGGGGGAGCUGAAGCAGUUGCAGGAGACCAGGGCCCAGGAUCUGGCUUCCAACCAGUCGGAGCGGGACAUGGCAUGGGUGAAAAGAGUUGGGGACGAUCAGGUGAAUUUGGCACUGGCCUACACAGAACUGACAGAGGAGCUGGGUCGGCUUCGGGAGUUGAGUUCCCUGCAGGGGAGGAUAUUGAGGACCCUGUUGCAGGAGCAGGCCCGGAACGGUGGCCAGAGGCACUCGCCAUUGUCGCAGCGCCACUCCCCGGCCCCCCAGUGUCCCUCUCCCUCCCCGCCUGCCCGGGCCGCGCCCCCGUGUCCCCCUUGUCAGUCCCCGGUCCCGCAGCGCCGCUCUCCCGUGCCCCCGUGCCCCUCGCCCCAGCAGCGCCGUUCGCCGGCCUCGCCCUCCUGCCCAUCACCCGUCCCACAACGCCGCUCGCCGGUGCCGCCGCCGUGCCAGUCCCCCAGUCCGCAGCGCCGCUCCCCGGUGCCCCCCAGCUGCCCGGCCCCCCAGCCCCGGCCCCCGCCGCCGCCGCCCGGGGAGAGGACGCUGGCCGAGCGCGCCUACGCCAAGCCGCCCAGCCACCACGUGAAGGCCGGCUUCCAGGGCCGCCGCAGCUACUCGGAGCUGACGGAGGGUGCGGCCUACGCGGGCGCCUCCCCGCCCUGGCUGCAGGCCGAGGCGGCCACGCUCCCCAAGCCCCGGGCCUACGGCGAGCUCUACGGCCCCGGCAGGCCCCUCAGCCCGCGGCGCGCCUUCGAGGGCAUCCGGCUGCGCUUUGAGAAGCAACCGUCGGAGGAGGACGAGUGGGCUGUGCCCACCAGCCCGCCCAGCCCCGAGGCGGGCACCAUCCGCUGCGCCUCCUUCUGCGCUGGCUUCCCAAUCCCCGAGUCACCCGCCGCCACCGCCUACGCCCACGCCGAGCACGCGCAGUCCUGGCCGUCCAUCAACCUGCUGAUGGAGACAGUGGGCUCUGACAUCCGCAGCUGCCCCCUCUGCCAACUGGGUUUUCCUGUUGGGUACCCAGAUGAUGCACUCAUCAAACACAUUGACUCCCACCUGGAGAACAGCAAGAUCUAGGGCACCAUCCCUACCCACUGGUUGUUUCUCUGCCAUCUCCUAUCACCCCUAAACACUCACUUUGAAUGCUGCAUGAAUCUUGUGGGGGGGCCCUGCCCCUUGCGACCCCCAGAUACCUCCACUAGCUACUGAGUCAACGUGUGUGCCGUCUUCCCUGGUCCAGGCACCACUCAGCUCUGGCUCUUCCUGGGAGGUCAGCCAAGGCUCCCUCAUACCCUCUUGGCUUCUGCUGGGAAGGUGGGGAUCUAGGCUGGGGUGUACCCCUCCAGGCCUCUCCCUCUGCCUUUCUGUUCUUAAACAGGGUUGUGUCCAAGAAGAUGUCUAGUGCUUAGAUCUGGGGGAGGAGGAGAGUGUCAGAGGACUCCAGGAGCUCCCAAGCUCCUCCUCAAUUGUCUGUCUUUGCUAGGCUGUGCUCUGUCCUGGGAGCACCUCCCUGUAGGGUCUCAGAGCCUGCCCUGUACACUGAUGCCCAGUUCUUCCAUCCCAUGGCUAACUUGAGGUUUGUGGCAUGGGCUUCCAUUAAGGGAAGGGGGCAUCUUGUUUCUUGCCAUUUCCUGAAGGCCAGCCCUGUUCUCUUUACCCUAUUUCCUGCUCUGGGGAAUAGAGAGGGUGGGACAGGAAAGGGAAGAUCCUAAAGAGGCUGUUCUGAGGGCCAAGGGCCCUGCACUAUGACCCUCAGGCCAGGGGACUGUCUGCCACAGGCCCAUGCCCUCCUCCGGGAGCCCCUGUCACUGAGGCACAGAUUGUCAAGGCAGACCCCUUCCCGUUUACCCCACUCAAGCCUCUGACAUCACACAUGGAGCCCAUGUGUGACUCAGCCUGUUAGCUGAGUGUGUGUCAGCAGCCCCUGCCUCCCCAGCCAGAACCUGAGAAUGGGCCCAGGGUGCUGUGGAGAUCAACUUCUAAAGAGCUAACCCCUCCCCACACCCCAUCACCCACAUUUCCUCUGUGAAAUCUACCUCAGAGUUGUACCCUCAGAAGGACGGGUAAGCAGGAGGCCAAGGGGUCCCCAAGGCUGAGGUGGGGAGCCUCCUAUGGCUAGAGCCUGCCUCCCCACAAUGAGUCUGUCCCCUCCACUUUGCGCCUCUCCCAGGUCUCAGCCCCAGGCAGGGGUAGUGGCCACUCCUGACAGCGCAUGUCCCACUCUGAUCCAACUCUUCCAGGCCACAGCUCCUCAUGUCCCUCUCCUCCAUAAUGUAGGGGAGUGAAGGGGCGUGUUGAACAGGGAAGGGCCACAGACUCCAGAGACACAUGUCAUCGAACCUUGAGUGUCCUCCAGGGAGGGAAAGGGGAAAGGGGGGCCUGAAGAGGGGAGGUGGGGGCCCCUGUGCUCUCUGAAAAAAUUUAAAAUCCAAAUAAAACUUAACUGUUCCA